AUGGCACUCGGCACUUACUUCAACUGGGACACUCUUCAAACUCCAAACUCAGAAAUCAACACCUUCCAUGAACCAACACCAGAACUAGCACUAGAUAACUACUACAAUAACCAUAACCACAACAUCUUUAACUACUCAGAUGAAAGCCUCUUCCUUUCAAAUACCCUUUUUGAUCCUUAUUUUGAUCCAACCCUUUUUUCUAUACCAGAGUUUUACCCUCCUCAACAACUCCUUUCUUGUCCUUCUUCUUAUGACCCUUUCAUUUCACUCACUGAAGAUUACAACUUUCCAUGUCCAAAACGCCAAAAGUGCUUGCAUGAGGAACAAGAGCUUGUUGACCCUUCAUCGCAAGAGCUUAUUAUACCAUCCAAUUUCUUUGUGCCUAAUUAUCCUUGUUCCUUGCAAGAAGAGGAACUGCAAGAACUCUUCUAUGCAGUGCCAGAGUUUAAGGUUCCAGAACUUCCACAAGGUACUACUUGUGUGGGAAGUGCUGAUUUUCAGUGUGAGAAGAAAACUAAUGAGAGAACCAUCUCUGCACAGAGCAUAGCUGCAAGAGAAAGGAGGAGAAAGAUCACUGAGAAAACCCAAGAGCUUGGAAAAUUGGUUCCUGGUGGACCUAAGAUGAACACUGCUGAGAUGUUGCAUGCAGCUGCAAAGUAUGUCAAGUACCUUCAAGCACAAGUUGGAAUGCUUGAACUUAUGAAGACACUCAAUGUAACUGAAGAUAAGAAGGGUCCUCCAAGUGAAGAGCUACACACAAUGGUUGUUUCUCCAUUUGUUCAAGAGAAGCUGUAUUCAGAGGAAAUGUGCUUUGUUCCCAAAGAGUUAGUGACCACAUUGACAAAUCAUAAUGAUGUUCAAUCAAGACCUUCCAUCCUUAAAGAUCUUAAACAGUUGAUUGAGACAGACAUUGAGAAGAAACCAAAGCAAGAAUAA